GUUGCAAACCAGGAAGGGAGUUCACAGUAUCAUACGGGGCUUUGCAUCUACUGUUACAGUAGGGGCAGGCAGAGCAAAGAGAGAGAAGGAAGGAAGGAGGGAAGGAAGGAAGGAGGGAGGGAGGAAAAGAAAAGAAGCAAGGAGGGCUCCCUGGCUCCAGAACUGACUCCAAAAACUCCAAGGCACCCCUUCCUCCUCCCUCCUGCCCCUUCCCCAAACCUCCCAAGACCAACAAGGUGGGCUAGUGAGGGGAGGCAGAAAUAACCAGUCUUGAGGUUGGAGCUCGACGGGGCUUGUAAAAUCAGCCGCCUACUCCUCUCCUUUGAUGAGCCCUCUGGUUUCGGCAUGGAGGGCGGUGUGGAUGGCCCAAUCGGGAUCCCUUUUCCGGACCACAGCAGUGAUAUCCUGAGCAGCCUGAACGAGCAGCGGAACCAUGGGCUGCUUUGCGACGUGGUGAUCCUGGUGGAUGGGCAGGAGUUCCCCACCCACCGGUCAGUCUUGGCGGCCUGCAGCGAAUACUUCAAGAAGCUCUUCACCUCGGGUCUGGUGGUUGACCAGCAGAAUGUGUAUGAGAUCGAUUUUGUGACUGCCGAAGCCCUGUCGGCGCUGCUGGAGUUCGCCUACACCGCCACCCUUACUGUCAGCACUUCAAACGUCAGUGAGAUCCUCAAUGCCGCCACGCUGCUAGAGAUCCAGGCGGUCAGGGACGUUUGCACGGAUCUCCUCGAGAGGAAGAUUCUGGCCAAAAAUGACCAGAUGGACACAGUAGAUCAAAUUGAUCAAAGGAACCACCUCCGAGCAAAAGAGUACCUGGAGUUCUUCCAAAGCAACCCCAUCAACGGCCAACAGGGCACUUUUCCGUGGACCAACCAAGACUUGCGAGACCUUCAGAGGCUCGGCCUCCGGGGGCAAGAAGGGGCCGAGGAUGAACCGGAAUGCAAUGGCAUGGACUUCUACCCGCAGGCUGCCACCCUCAACGACAGACCAAAGCUGAACGAAUGCGACCCCGACAGCAACCAUGGCAUGUGGUUGGACCGGGAAGAGGACGAGGCCGCCCAUGGACCCUUAUUCCCACCCUCCCAGAAUGGACAGUAUGGUGGGCGUGUGACGGGAGAGGACGAGGUGCCGCCAGCGGUUCAGCUGGACCAGCAGGAGGUGGGGAAUUCCCCUGCCUUCGUCCCCGGGGCCGGGGAGGGCGAGGAGGCGGAUGCUGCCCGGGAAGUGGAUGGCCUGGCUGCCAGCGCCCUCCUGCAGCAGAUGAUGAAUUCCGUGGGGCGGCAGCAGACGGAGGACGACCGCAAGGACGACGACGGGGUCAUGGAUUAUUACUUGAAAUAUUUUAGCACUUCCCAAGAGGGCAGGGAAUAUCCCUCCUGGUCUCAAAAGGUGGAGAAGAAAAUCCGAGCGAAAGCAUUCCAGAAGUGCCCUAUCUGUGACAAGGUGAUCCAGGGGGCCGGGAAGUUGCCCCGCCACAUCCGGACCCACACGGGCGAGAAACCCUAUGAAUGUAACAUUUGCAAAGUUCGGUUUACGAGGCAGGACAAGCUGAAGGUCCACAUGAGGAAACAUACCGGUGAGAAGCCAUACCUUUGCCAGCAGUGUGGGGCGGCUUUUGCUCACAACUACGACCUGAAGAACCACAUGCGUGUCCAUACCGGCCUGCGCCCCUACCAGUGUGAGAGCUGUUUCAAGACUUUUGUCCGCUCCGACCACUUGCACCGGCACCUUAAAAAAGAUGGUUGCAAUGGGAUCCCUUCCCGGAGGGGACGGAAACCCCGGGUGAGAGAUGCGGCCAUCACGCCUGCCCAGGCCUCGAAUCCUGACGACGGGAGCUUCGUGGGUGAUGGUGACGGCGGGGAGGAGGCAGAAGAGUUGCGGGAUGCCAUCUUGCCGCAGGACAGCCUAGAACAGCACUUUGAGGAUAACUCUCACGCCGACACGGUGUCAGGAAGUUUGAAUGUAGCGGGGGGUUCGUCUGAGGGUAACACGCAAGAACUCGCCUAAACCAAAAAGUCAAAGCAAAACAACAACAACAGAAAAAGGUGUCACAAAAUCUAGUUAUAACUUUCCUCCAGUUCUUUUUGAGAGAGAAAGAGAGAGAGAGAGAAAAUGCACACACACACACACACAUGGUUUCCUUUUACCCUUUUUUGUGGGGCGGGGAAAAGAAAAGUAAAAAAUUAGCCUUAUAGGUCUAUAUAAUAUAUCUGUGUGAUCUUCCCCAUAUUAACCAGUUGAUCAUAAUAAUUUCUUGUAGUCAUGGAUUAAUUUUAAACAUCCCCUCCCUCUUUGAAACAAGAUCAGAAAGUGAGCAAAGUUUGGGCGGGUUGGGAAAAAGAUAUCUAUAGAACAUGAAAUGAAGCUUCCAGAAUUUUAGUUAAUGUAUAUAUAUAUAGAUACACACGCACGUACACACACGUAAAUAUUAUACUGGAGAUUUUAUCUAUUUAAGCAACUACACUGUUCCAAAGGAAUACCAGACAGUGUGUCAAUUGGCUUUAAAAGUUACAGAAGCUUAGGAAAGAGUCUUUCUUUCUUUCUUUCUUUCUUUCUUUCUUUCUUUCUUUCUUUCUUUCUGUCCUUCCUUCCUUCCUUCCUUCCUUCCUUCCUUCCUUCCUUCCCCACCAUCAGCCUGAGAUAUUUGUUUUAUUUCCCAACAGUGUCCACAGGGAAGUUUCUCCCUUUCUUUGAUUUUAAAUUUAAAUGUGUCUGUAUAUAAACCUUUCAACCACAGACUUUGCUAUAUAUGUUAGAAAAGAUUGGCUAGGAUCUGGCUUGUUUGCUGUGGCCCAGAGUUUGGGGCUUGCUGGGUCUCCUGUUCCUGUAAAUCAGGAACGAACCGGUGCGACCCCAGGCCAUGUGCCCAGACCUCACCAAAAGAAUGAAUUUAUUUUAAAAAUGUACAUUAAAAAGUGCCAUUAUCCCCUCUAGGGAUUUGCGGGGAACUGUUUGCUUUGUUCCAGGUCUAUUUUAGGCCUGGGGGUCAGAGUUCCUCCCCCCACCACACACAUACACAUACACACGCAAAACGAUGGUGAUUUGACUAUCUAAAAUCCAGGAAAAGGAAUAAUUUAAAUAGAAACUGGCCUUUAAUAAGCCUGGUAUCUCACUGGGAUUUUUGUGCAUGGAUUUUUAAACUCUGUUCGGUUCCACUAGUGGAAUGAGGCGGAUUUAACAGAAGCCAUGGCCAAAACAAAUUUUCAGUUUGUCCCCUCACUUGCCUUUCUCCAGGUCGAAUGCAUUAUAUUGCAGGCCUUAUCCCGCAAACAUGCAUCUCACAAGGUUUACUCUAGAGGAACGCUGCCCAGAGCAAUGUGGGGUUGCAAAGCCCAGUCUCUUGGCAUAUGGAUUUUAGAUAGUCCAUUUAGUUCCUGGUCUGAGGUAAUUUGGAUCUGUUUCCAUGAUGCUUUCUCACCUCUUGAUAGAUAUUCUGGGAUGUGAAAAGUGGCCAUAGAUGCUUAAGUAUUAGUGGCCUCCCAGAAAGCCAAAGGUAAAAACAUGCUGAUAAUUUGGAGAACUUGCUCCAAACACUCAGUAUGGCUAUGUGGAAGGGCAGUUUUGGCUAGGAGGGACUCCGGCCGCCUGGCCUCUCCUCCCCCCUGUCCAAACUCUUUUCCAUUUGCACACUUUAAAUAUUUGUUCCUGAAAAGCAAAACCUUUUCGAGGUGAGCCUCUUCACCUUAGGUUCACACAUUCAUCCCAAGGAAAUUAAAAGGAUUCUGGGACAAAACUUUGUGGACCCUGUUUGGGAUCCCUGAACACUUCAGGCUGAGAGAUUUGUACUUCACCUUGGAUGGGUGCCACUGGCAUGAACAUACCACAAGUGUGGGGAUUUAUGACUGGGCACAUAUUCCGUUGGAGAGGUGAACCAGGAGAGUAUUAGGAGAAAACGGAAAGGCCGGUGGCAAUGAGAUUGGCUUGGGCAGCAGGAAAGAGAUGCCUUGAACCCAAAUAGUCUCCGUGUUCACUUUUCUCCCUUCUGGUGAAGUACAACCCACUCUUCAUCUCUAAUUUCAACCCCCCCCCCACUGCCCAUAAUCCCCCGUUUGGUGCCACAUUUGCCUGCCGUUGGCUCACCUAACACAAAACAAGCUGAUCAUUGCGGCAAAAGCAUGUCUUCCCUCCCCGUCCAAGUAAUCCCUGACCUGUUCUCUGCUCCUCGGUUUGUUGAAUUUUUUGCGUAGAUCAAUUUGCAAGACAGAAGGGGUGGUUUUUUGGACCACGGAGGGGCUUUGUGGCCUGCGCUAUCUUUCCCGGCGUCCCUCUUCCCACGCCUCUGAUGUAGAAGUGUAGCAGUCCUAGGUACGGCUAGCGGCAGGAUCAGGCUGACCGAAGGCACUGCUCCCUCUAAGCUAAAAAACCAAGGGCACCUUUUAGCCAUUUUCAGAAUCUUACAAUACACAGUUUUAAAAUGAUGAGAGAGAGAGAGAGUUGAUCUUCUUUCUUUCCCAAGCACUUUUUAGAUACAUUCCCCCCCCCUUUAAUUUGAAGAUUUGAAAAGGUGAACCAUUUGGUUGAAUGUAAUUGCGCAGGGAGUGCAGUGCGUGUGUGUGUUUGUGAAUGACGUUUGUGAAGGGUUUGGGUGGGAAAGAGAUAGAUGUUUUAUUUAAUACAGGAAAAAAAGCAAUAAAAACACACAAAAAAUAAGAUUAGAAACAAACAAAAGAAGUCUUAGCACUUUGAAAUGGAACGGGUACUUUGAAAUCACUUUAUCUUAAUUUAAAAGAAAUAUAUAUAUAUAUAUUAAAAAGAAAGAAACAAAUAUGUUUACACGUUGAAACCAUCUUCUACAGAGAGAAAUUUAUUAUUGUUUAUUGUUUUUAUUAAAAUAAUUCCUAAAAUUGAAUUUAUUUUUGUAAGAGAAAAAAAAAACCACAGAUAUGCACGUAUAUCUCUAUAUAUUUGAAACGGAGAGAAAGAGACACUUAAAUGGAAUCCACUGUGUUUGUUCGCAGAUGAAUUCUGAAACAAAAACACACAAAACGGGAGGAUCGAAGUUAAUUAGAUUCUGUGACACAGAAAAAUUUAGAUUUAAAAACAAAACAAAACAAACAACCCUCAGAAGUGAUUUGCACUUCGGGAAAACAAAACCAUAAAAUAUACAAAAUGGAAGCUUGAAUUUUUGAGCAGGAAUCAUGAGGUUUAUUUUGUGUAUGGUUUAUUUCCCCCCUUCCCUUUUUUGUUCUUUGUUUUUUUAAAAAAAUGUCUUAUAUAGCCAGUGCUGACCUGUGUGUUUUCUCAUUGGUUUUCCCAUCAUACUCGGUCACAGCCUUUAAGUCCUGGUGCCUCCUUCCUUGUAGUUUUUGUAGCUUGGGUUUCCCGCUGUCUUCUACCACAAGCUUUCUUUUCAGAUUGCUGAGCGAGGCUGGCUGAUUUUUGCAGGGAUGUCAUAUGUUUGCAUUGGAUAUGAUCUGUUUGCAUUCACUCAGCAUUGUCUCUGAGUGAACGAAUAAAGUAAUUUACUAUCAAGUGCGGGAAACAGAGCAGUGGUCCACCAGCGAAACCUCCGAACCAAAACCAGAGGCUUUCAGUAUAGCUUGGUUCCACUUGCAGCUGGCCUUGUUCUCCUUUUAUUUGGAUUUCUCAUCCUUCCCACCAUGCUUCUGCCUCUCAUCCCAGUUAUGUCCUUUAUGGAUAAUUAAGGCAGAAUUAUUUGGAAAACCUCACUGUGGGAGUCUGUUUCCCCAGUGAACUCGCAUAUGUAACUCUGGUGUCCAUAACAUAAGACAAGACACUGUUUGGGCUCCUCCAAAAAUACUUCUUCACUUUUUUGCAGGGUAGCCAGAAACAAGGAAAAAUUCACCAUUAACUCUCCUGAUAGUUGGAACUUGGGAGGAAGAUAAAAGAAUGCAAAACCUGGUUGUAUGAAGGUGUUAAAUGAUGCCCAGCUGAGCAUCCUCUGUAAAGGUCUCCAUACAGUUGCCUUGCUUUUCUUGGGGCUUGCAAGGAUAAGUGGAAGGUUUGUGGACUGGCCAACUCUCAUGCUGGAAGUAUGGGAAGGGGCUGCAAUGUCCCAAUUUCUAUACUUCCAGCUCCAUUAAAAGCUCCAUUUGAGUCUUGGGAGAUUGACUGAUAAAGACCGACAUCUCUAGCAAACCUGCUCCAAUGCAAAUUCAAAACGAUAAGAUCCAUGAUGAAUUCAGUGGAGGCACUAUUCUCAUGCCUUGCUAUCCCAAGUCACUCUUUUUUAAAAAGAAAAGCUUUCAUCUAGUCUCACUCAGUCAAAGAUGGCGGAAGGAGGUCCCAGGCUCUUAGACGGACGUGGCGCACGCUCCCCCUUCCCUUCCCUUCCUUCCAUGGAGAUCCUCGGCUUAGCACUGACUUUAAAAUGAUUGCAUAUGCAAAAACUAGCGUGCAACUUUGUAAAUAGAUAGUUACAUGAGAUUCUUUAUUGUAAUCAGAAGUUGUGGUAUCUCUUCCCGUUCGUUUGGCUCCUCCAUUUCCAUGAUUAUUCAUGUUUCGUGUGUAUUUCUCUCCUCUCUCUCUGUUUCUCUCUCUCUGUGUUCCCAUCCAAAGCCACCUGAGAGCCUUUUCCAGAAACUAUUGGACUGCCCACUUGAAACAAGAUUUGUAUGGCACAAGACAUAAUUUUUUAACCCCCUCCCUGCCCUUCCAAAGUCCAGGAUUUCAGUUUUAACAACCAAACCCAUCCCACCCAACCAUACCUGCCUGGGUCUUUGGCCCCAUGUCUGAAAUCCAGAGCAUCCUUUUAAUCUAGAACGAAUCCCUUCUUUUGACACACACACAAACACAGAGCAAAAGUUUGGGAAGAUGUGACCAGUUGACAUGAGAUUUCUAGGAAUCUCAUGUCCCGCUUGCAUCCUUCUCGUAGUUGUUUCCCGUCCCCAAAUACGCUGCUCUUGGACAGCUGUCCUUAGUGUUGCCUCCUUUUCGAUUCACGAGAACAUUAAUGCAAAGAGGUGGCGGAAUGGAGGGGAUGGAGUUGCAAAAGAUGAUGUGUCCAGUCUUGAAAGCUAUUUGUUUUUCAUCCACAUUAGCGCUUUUCUUUUUUGUUUGGUUUUUUAAAGGCUCCCCUAUUGAAUCAUCUUCCUGCCUGAAGUCUCCCUUCACUCAUCCUCCAUCUCCUGUUUUAGAAGCAUUUUCCUUAUCAGAUAUUUCUUACAAGUUUCACGUAUUUCUUAUCCGUUUCCCUCUCUCUGCAGAACUUGCUGGCUGACCCAGGGUACUGUUUAGGGCAUACCAACACAACCUAAGUUUAGAAAUAUUUCUAUACACAGAGAGACACACACACCACUCCAGUCUGACCUCUUUUUUGGAGAAUCCUGGAUAGUCUGGUGGCUUCAUCAGGAGAAUCCAGAUGUGCUGGAAAGAUGCUUCUGGCGAAUGGCAAAAGGGGGAAACGCAACACCUUCGUGAAACCACAACAUCCAGGAUUCUUCCAAGGAAGCCAUGACUGGUAUAAAACUCAUCUAGGUUGUAGUGUUGAUCUGUCCUUUCUUCCUCUUUUCAUGCAUCUCUCCAUUGUUGUUGCCGUUGUUGUUUUCCUCCUGAGCAGAGAUAGCGCACCUUAUUUGUAACGGCAUUUUCCCUUUGAGGAAUAGAGAGCGAGGAGGGUUUUGUGUGAGAAAACUGAGGUGUGAUGCUUGUGGUGGAGCUUCGAGCAUCCAUGACGGCAACACUUUAACACAAGCUUUCAAUGUGUUUGCACUAAAAUGAAACGAGAAAAAGAGAAAACAGUGUCCCUUCUCUGUGUAGAGAGAGAGAUCCUCAUCUUGGGAUUAUAUGCUGCCUUAACCUCCAUGAUUCCCGCUUUGUCCAUGUGGCAACAAUGACAACCGCAACAACAAAUGAAGAGUUAUUACUCUCUUAACAUGGGGGUUUCCCUUCCUCAAAUCACAUAACUGUGUAUAUAUAUAAGGCGUUUGGUUUCCUUUUUGUUUAAAAACUACUAUUGUUUUACUUUUUAAAAGAAAUAUGCAGGUUGUGAUAAAGUGUUGCCAAAGAAAUUGUUGAUUUUUACCACAUUUCAGGAAGAAAAAGAAGAGGCUCAACUACUAAAAGACAUCAACAGAAAAUAGAAUGUUUCCUUUAUUGGCUUUUUUUUUGUUGUUGUUAAAAAUCAUUACUCUUACUAUUUCUUGAUCCAGAAAAGCUGAUCCUCAAUGUAAUUUCAGUCGAGUGGUUGAACCUGUACUUUUCAGGGUAUGUGUGUCUUCUACGUUGGUGUCUUCUAAAUAUUUUGGGGGGGAAGGUGGGGGACUCUUGUUCAUUCCGCCACUGCUGUGCCAUUGACUUCCACCAAUAUGGGGGAAUUUGUAAAACAUUUGGGGGGGUUAUGUUGAUGGACCGCUGGAUUAGGGGAGAGAUUAUUAUAAUGGAGUGGAUUCCAUUGAUGGGGGAACAGUAAUAAUAAAACCAAGAAUUUCCACCAAAAGUCUUUGGGCCUAAUAUGCACGCAGAACAUUUUAAACUAAGGAGCGGAAAGGGUUUUUUAAGCAAAUGGAAGAAGGGAAGCAAUGCGAGAGUGGUUUUCCUGUCUCCUAGACGAGUCCCUGACCUAGAAGGACACACAAACUCUGUUUUUGCCUUUGAACCCGUGGCAAAAAUGUUAUGUCUGUCCCCAUCCCUCUCCCCGUAGUUGUUCCUCCUCCCUUCCUCCAUAACACAACUCCUUGACAUUUCUCCUCGGUCUUGGCCUCUUUUGAGGCUCAGUCCAUCGUUUUUGUGUGAAUGUAAAGUGGAGAAGUUGUGGGAAGUAGGCGACGGAGUUGUAAAACAACUGGGGUCUGGGAGGGAUAGGUGGGCAGGUUGGAUCUCACCAAGUGGAAAGUGAGAUGGGAAAUUAUAAACUUCAAGGGUGGUAAUGUCUGAUAAAAAAUUUGUGGGAUAUUUGACUCCCGUUCUUAAAAGUUUGCACCCAAAUGAGGAGUUAUGGGGAGCCAUCCAACAAGAGAGAUGGACUUCCAUCCCAGACAGAACAAAUCAAAAAACGGCAGGGAUUUUUUUGGUGUGACGUUGUUCUCAUGUUUUCUUUAUCUGAUACCCUGAACGUGGCUGGCAGAAUACUCUCUCGAUGCAGAGUUUUAUCUCGUUCCGUUCAGUGGAUCUCUCUUCUUCUGUUUUCCCCCUCAAAUGCACAGGAUCAUCUACCGAGGCCAUUGAAUUUCAAGCCACCGGCUUUCGGGCAUCUCCCUUUUCUGUCCCAAAGAGCCAGGUGCGUUGCACCAUUUUUGGAAACCUCUUAAUGGCCUUGGUAGGAGAUGGGAGAGAGAAAGGGAGAGGGCCGUGUGGGUAUUCGCGCCAACCUGGUUUUCCAACAGGAUCAUUUCAUCCCCUUUUACCAUAUGCCCCACACACACACACACACACACACACAAACGCCUUAAGCAUUUUUUUCAAAAGAAAAGAAAAAGGAUCUUGAAAUCGCUAAGGAUUUUCCUUCUUUGCACUAAUGCUGACCCAUUGGAUUCGAUGGGGAGAUUCUGUUGCACUUUCUCUAAAAAAUAAAAUAAUGGUGAUUUUUUUAAAAAACAAAAACAAGAAAAAAGCUUUCAAGGAUGUACCGGAGACUGUUUGCGUGGGCAGAAAAAAAGAAACCCAUAUGGGGACUUCAGGGAAUUUGGGGGAUGAUGGGGUUGCCGUUCGCAAAGGGACUUUCUUCUGCUAAACAGUGCCGAUUGGCUUCAUUUUUUGCCCCCCUACUCUCCACGCUUGAUGCGUAGGCCUAAAGACUGGGCGAAAUUUUUACCUUUUUCUAUCAGGACUCACAGAAAUCAUCCUGAAAAGUUGUGCUGCGGUCUGCAAACGCCCGAAAAGUGGUUCGCAGUUACUAACAGCAACCAUUGUGGGAAACGGGAAGGAAACUCCUCUUCUUCCAUCCGAUUCUCUUGCGGCUUUAUCUGAUCAGCUCUCGGUCCCCCUCUUUCUUCUAUCCUUUCCAAGUCGAUCAGCCUAUUUGCUAUUUAAAAAAAAGAAAAAAAUUCUAUAGAUCUAUUUAUAUUUUCAGCAUAAUACCGAGCGUUUUAUUUAAGUUAAGAGGAACACUUACAAUGUUGUUGUUGUUGGGAUUGUUUGUUUUUUUUUAAGAAAAAAAGAAUAUAUCUAUAUAUAUUUUUAAAAGAGCAUUCUGUUAGUUGUCCGUGUGAGAUUAGGUCCUUAGGUUGGUAACCCAUUGAAAGUAACCCCUUUAUCCUAUGGAGAACAUUAAUUAAGAUGCUAUAUUGAAGCUGUUUUCUAAGAUAUAGGUAUAGAUAUAGAUAUUAUAAUACAUGAAAAUAUAUGUGUACAAAAGGAAAAAAAAAGGUUUAAAUUUUAUUCUGGCAAAGGGGUCUUGAAACUCUCUUGUCCCAACCAGAAACCAAAUUGUCAGAUGGAAGGAAGAUAAAAAAAGAGAAAUUUUUAUGAGACGGGGGCCAUUUUUUUCUUACAUUGUAUUAUUAUUAUUAUUAUUCCUAUUGUUGUUAUUAUCGAUAAAAAUGAAUAAUCUAUCCAGAGCACUCUAAAAUUCAUUCUUCUUUAAACAAACAAACCUUAAAUGGCUAAUUUACUGUUGUCAGAUGUCGAUGAGGAAAGCACAGAUGAGACAUUCCAUAGAUAAUAGUAUGUUUGAUAAUUCUUUAUUAGAUAAAAAGAAAAAGAAGUUGGGAGAUGAGUACAGAAUAUAUAUAUUAAAAAUAUAUAAAAUGCACUUUUUUUUGCAGGGAAGGGGCUUAAAUAAAUAAAUAUAUAUAUUUAAAAGAAAUAGAAUGAUACAAUUCUUCUUUCAUUCUUGUAUAUAAGACCCUCUUUUUUAAAAGAAAAAAGAAUAUGUAAUAAUCUGAUGUUAAUAGCGUCUUUGUUUUUUCCUUUCAUAAAUUUGGUUUGGUUUGGUUUUCGAAACUCCCAGAGUUUGAUAUUCUGAACUGAAGAGAGAGAGAGAAAACAAGAGAGAGAGAGAGAGAGAGAGAGAUAUGAGAAGGACAAAAUGCGAAGGCCAGGAUCCAAAGCGCUAUUUAGGGAGAGAACCACAAGUAUUGAUCUGAUGGGAUUUUUGAAUAGUUUUCCUCAGGUGAGUGACAUCCAAAAUCACCCAUUUCCUUUGGAAAAAUACGUAGGGAUUUGUCACAUUUGUCAGGCCAGUUGAGGCACCCUACUGUUUGAAAAAACAAAAGGUAGGAACACUUGCGGGAUUUCGUGCGAAUCCUACCCAAUACUGGUAUGCUUUUGCAUUGCAGACACACGAUUAGAAAUGUAUGAAGCAACUGACAUUAACAACAUGGUCCAAAAUCGAUUUGAACCAGAUUCUAGUUGCUCAUGUUUUUGCAUCUCUGGGCAACAAUGUCACACACACACAAAACACAAACUGAAGCACAGAUUUCAUCCAAGAUUGGCUCCGGGUCUUUUGUGACGUAAUUUUUGAUACAUGUUGAUGAGGUCUGGAUAACUCCGCAAAAGCACUUCAUAAAAGCAGUUCCUUCUGGUGCUAAAUCCUUUCCAACCCAAUGGGUGCCAAGAGGAGAAAAUAUCCAGAUGCUUCCUCUCUCGCUUGCUCUCUCUCUCGCUCUCUCUUAAAAACCUAUCCAAGGGACCGGUUGCCCUAUGGGUUUAGGAGGCCAGGGCAGGAAUAUGGCACCCAUUGGACCUCAGUCCCAUUGGCUGCCCCAACUAGAGUAGCCCCAUGGACUCCACAUUUUGGUAAAGCUCAUUGAUUCCAUGGGUCAGCUCUAGACAGAGCUUAGCAAGAGGGUUCGUCCUCCUAUGUCCACACAACUCAUUCUUGUACAACAGUCUUCCGUCGGUGGAGUAGGCAGACAACUUCCAUUUUGCCCCCUUUCUUUGACCCUAAGCAAGCUGGUGUCCCACCCGACCCCACUUGUCUGACCCUCCAAAACAUUGCAGGUUUCCCCAUCUGGCACCCCUUUUUGAUAAACCACAACUGUGUCUUCAUCUAGCUUCUUCAGCUCCAGCUUCUUCAGAUGUGUCCUUUGCCCGAAUAGUGGCCAAGCAUCUCACCUCCUUCCCCUGAACGAAAAGAAAAAUGUCAUAUUCCAUAAAAAUUGCUCUGCUCUCUUCAUCCUGAAGGAAGGCCCAACAAUUGGGUGAGAGCGACGGAGCUCAUUUGGUGCUUGUCGUCUUUAACACUCUCUCACACACCUUCUGCAGCCUCAGUUUGCAGAUCCAAAGAUGGGUCACGCUUGUUUCAUCCUCUUCUUAUCCGUUUGCCAGAGAGGGAAGGGACUUUCUUGACCAUGGUGUUGACCAGCUUCUACUUCCCUCUCUCAACUCUGGGGCAUGAAAAACAGCCCUUUUAAUUUGCAAAUAAUUGUUUCCAAAAUCUUAGCGCCAAACCAAGCCAUUAGGUUCUUCCUGAUCUGCCCUUCGGAGCAAGACGGGAAGAAGGAAGCCAUGUUCCCCCUUAAAUCCGCUGUGCCUCGUGUCUUUUCUCCAACUUGUUUUCACCCCUGAAUCUUUUCUGAUGGCAGCACAGACUGUCUGUUUCCCAGUUUGGAACCAGUUGACUUUGACAUUUUGAGGAGUAAUCACAACAUUAAUACAAGAAGCCCAGACAACCCAGUUUCCAGAGAGGUUCUUAAGUGUGUUGAGUCUUGUAGGAUGGUGGCUUGAGAUAAGCUCUCCACUUUUAUGUAUUUAUUUAUUUAUUUGCUUGCUUUUAAACUUCCUUGAGAAAUAAUUUGAUUUAAAAAGGUGCCUUUGCAUUGAGGAUGGGGAAGGUCUCAUAAAACUCAUGGAUGGUAUACAGAGUAUAUCCAAUGGACAACUCACAGCUCAGACUAAACAACCUAUUUUUCUUCUAACUGAAUUACGCAGGUCUUCCCACCAACCACCCAUCUCUCUCUUGCUUGGAAAAUGAUGGCCAGUGUUACUAAAAACACUUUUGUCUGCAUUCUUGUCUUCUCAAGGAUUUGUGGGAUAUCGUAGUUCAAACUAGGGAAAGAGGCAACAAUCCCGGAGUAUGAAGGGGUAUCUCUACCCUGCAAACUAGGACUUCACUUUGAACGAGUCUCACUGCUUGUUCUUCUUCCUAUGCCGUUUUCCACUAUAGGAUUUCUUGGCUCCCUUUCUUUUUUGCCCAAAGAAGCCCCAAAGAUACCAAAAACUCCAGCGUUGGAGCACAUUGCCUUAGUUCUCUCCCUCUCCAAUCGCUAAACAGAGCAAGUUUCCUUGUUUCAAAACUAGCCAUUUCUUUGAGAGGUAAGAAAAGGUUUGAAACAGAAAAAAGAUUUGAGCUUGCUCUUGCAAAACGUAACUUCAGAUCUUGUUCGGAGAUGAAAGCAAGGACGGUCGAAGCGUCUGGUUAGACCCUUGUUUUCCUCUUUAUGUUCUGCACUGUCUUUUCUGUUGGGAGAAAUGUGUGUUGAUUCUUAAAUGCUCCCUUUUCCCAAAAUAACUUUGGGAAGGUCUUGUAGGCCUUGGUUCCCUCCAGGGGAAAAAAACAAAACAAAACAUCUUCUUCCAAGAUGGCAAUGGAAUGAUUUUGCAGAUAUGAAAUUUCUACAUAGAUCCUAUGAAAUUAAUCUAUGUUUCAUUUCAUACAUUGCAUGAGAUGUCGAAAUUUCAUAUCUGCAAAAUUGCUUUUUUCUCUUGCUCUUUGCUUUUCUUCUUCUCUUCCUCCCUUCUUUCCUCUUCUGGAUCGCUUUUUAACCCCGCCACCAUCAUCCCGCUUCUUUGAAGGAAGUUAAUUCAGGGUUUGGGUUUUGGGGAAGAUUUUUAAGGGGAGGUUUUGGGGAUUUUCUCAUGGCAGAGAAAAAAAAAAGAAAUCUUCUAGAUUUUAUUAUUUUAGGGGCGCCCGUGUUGUGGGGGUCCAACGCGAACUUCAGGCUCAAGGGCAAGAGUGGGGGGGGGGGAACACUUUUCUCUUGCCCAGGAUAUAUAUUAUUAUUUUGCGUUUGUUUAAAAAGAAGAAUAAAAGAUUAAUAAAUAAAUAAAAAGAAGCAAAGUUGCAUUUGAUUUCCUUCUAUUGUUCAGGAUUGGUUGUUGACUAAAAUCAAAUCAAUUGUAUGUUCUUUUCUUUUCCAUAUAUUGUACUGUAAUAGAGAACUGUUAAUUUUUUGCACUAAUAGAUUUCUUUUCUCUCGA